UCCGUGUGAGGGCGCUGUGGCGUGUUUGAACGGACAGUUUCUCAUCUCGCGCAGGAACUGAGGCAUCCUUGACAACAAUCGCCGGUUGUCUGUUGUUUGUGUGUUGACGCUUUUGUUUACUUUUGGUUUUUCGACGCCCGUUAAUUUUAUUCAUAUAGAUUUUAAAACAUUUAAACAUUCGUUUUAAGAUCAUCUCUCCACGUUUUAUAAUAAUACGACUCUCUCGUACGCACCGUUUGUCGCCCAUAUCAGUCAAGGUUUUGUUAUGUGACGUGAAAUGCAUCUGUAAAAGGGUUGUCAAGCUUAAAACAUCUACAGUGGCUCCAUGGAACCCAGUAAUGAUGUGGCGCUUGAUAUCAUCGUUACCAAUGUCGUAUCUGUCUUCAGAACCAGGUGCCAUCUAAACCUGCGUACCAUCGGCCUAGAGGGGACUAAUGUCAUCUACAAGCCUGAAAUGGGAAAAGUCCUGAUGAAGCUGCGGAAGCCACGGAUCACUGCCUCUAUAUGGUCAUCAGGGAAAAUUAUUUGCACUGGAGCAACAAGUGAGGAAGAAGCCAAACUAGGUGCUCGGCGGUUGGCCCGCUGCCUGCAGAAGAUUGGAUUCAAGGUGAGGUUCUCGGACUUUAAGGUUGUCAAUGUAUUGGCGGUGUGCUCCUUGCCUUUUCAAAUCCGUCUCAUUGAGUUCACUAAGAAUAACCGACCAAUUGCCAGCUAUGAACCCGAGCUCCAUCCUGCUGCGACAUACAGAAUUAAAAACCUCAGGAGUACAGUGCAGGUGUUUUCCACAGGCAAUAUCACUGUUACAGGACCAAAUGUGCAGAGCGUGGCGUCUGCUGUGGAGCAGAUUUAUCCUCUGCUGUUUGAGUGUCAGAAAACAGUCAUAAACCACACACACAUGUAGGCACCAGUUUGAAAUGAAAAGCACCUUAUUAUUGAAUGUUUAAGGCUUGUAACUGUUGUACUGUAUGUGUUUCCAAGGCAGCUUUUGCCAUUUCACGUCCAAGCAGGUCUGGGUCGUGUGUUUUCAGAGUCAUACCUUUGAACUUUCAGACCCCACGUUGAUAAAUGACGACCUCUUAAAGCUCAGAAGAGGACCAUUAGUGCAUUGACAUUGUGUGGUAUACACACUUGAAUUAACUGUAUUAUAUAAUGCAUGGACACCAAAGUAAAACCCUGGACAAAACGUCUUGGAAAUUUUAGCUAAUUUGAUUCUAGUAACAUUUUUGGAGCUCUUUUAUUAAUACUAUAAAUUAGAAGCAAGAAGUUAAAGGGCAAACACUUCACAUUUAAAAAAGCAGGUGAUGUAUAUCUGGUGUAGACUGUGGACAAGAACACUCUUGGCAUAAACAUAAACAUGUUUAUGUAGUAUAUGAAAACUUUUGUAUUUUAUAAGCUAAAAUAAAAUAAUCCCUAUAUUAA